AUGACCGCGCCGCUGCGGCGGGUCGAAGUGCGGCGACCGACGGCGGACUUCGCGGUCGACGAUCCGGCGCGCUGGCACUACGUCUCCGCGCCACGCCUCGAAUCCGCGCAGCGUGAGCACGACGCCCUGGUAGCAGUGCUGGUCGAUGCCGGCGCCGAGGUGAUCGAGCACCGCGCCGAGCUGCCCGGCAUGGCCGACGCCAUCUUCGUCUUUGAUCCGGUGCUGAUGACCGAGGGCGGAGCCUUGGUGCUGUCGAUGGGCAAGGAGCUGCGCCGUGGCGAGGAAGAAUCGCUCGGCGCUUGCUUAAAAGAGGCUGGUAUGCCGAUUCUCGGCUGGCUCGAAGGCGCGGCGCGGGCCGAAGGCGGUGACAUGUUUUGGCUCGAUCGCCACACUCUGGCAGUGGGCCAGGGCUUUCGCACCAAUGCCGAGGGCCUGGCCCAAGUGCGGGCGAUGCUGGCGCCGCUCGGAGUCGAAGUGGUGUCGGUCGAGUUGCCUUGGUUCGACGGUCCCGAGGCCUGCCUACACCUGCUGUCAUCGCUCAGCCUGCUGGCCGACGACUUGGCGGUGAUCCACCGCCGCUACUUGCCGGUGAGCUUCUGUCGCGAGCUCGAAGACCGCGGCUUGCAGCUGAUCGACGUCGCGGCAGAGGAGUUCGUUACCCAAGCGCCCAACGUGUUGGCGCUCGCACCGCGCCACUGCUUGAUGCUCGAGGGCAACCCGAUCACCCGUCGGCGCCUGGAACGGGCUGGCUGUCAGGUCGAGACUUACCGUGGUGAGGAGCUGUCACUCAAAGCCGAGGGCGGGCCGACUUGCCUCACCCAGCCGGUGCUACGCGGCUGA